AUGUCUUUGGCGUGGCUAGCUUUCCCUAUGAACCAUGCCUUUGUGUUUUCAUACCACACCGUCCUUAUAGAUGUAGUCAGCGCACUAGUUUAUCUCAAUGCCCUUUUUGUUCACUCAGAAAAAGACAUCAAAGGAUCGCAACACCCUACUGUCCCUCCAUUCGAAUCAAAGAAGCAUAAGGAGGACGCUGACCAAUCAGAUUCCUUGGGUCCAACAAAUCUUAGGUGGACCCCGCCACUUCUUUUAUUGCCCCACCAUCCUACUCCUCGAAGCCUUCUGUAUUCGCCACGUGCCCCUCCAUCAACAAAUCCCAACCACUACUUAUGUUCCCGCUCCAGCAACUUCCUUUCGCCACACUCCAAUGGUAACACUCAAACCCACGACAAUCAUCUUCGUUGCAUAUACUCUCUCAACUUUCAGUCUUUCACCUCCACAAUGAACGGUUCCACCACCCUCAAACACCACUGUGUCACUUCCCUCAAAACCCUAACACCCCAUAUCACCUGCCUCGCGGUCCACCGAAACCUUCUCUACGCCGCAUCCAUCAACCUAAUCAACGUCUUUGACCUCUCCCAUUACACUUACAUCGACGCAUUCAACGAUAGCCCCGCGUCAGGGUUCGUCAAGUCCAUCGCGUUCAGCGGUUCAAGGGUCUUCACCGCUCAUCAAGACUGCAAAAUCCGCGUGUGGCUCAUCACUCCCUCAAAACGACACCGUCUCCUUACCUCCCUCCCCACCGUAACCGACCGUUUGCGCCGCGGUAUCAUACCCAAAAACUACGUCAGCGUUCGACGCCACAAGACCAGGCUCUGGAUCCAGCAUUGCGACACCGUUUCGGGUUUAGCGGUGAACCAGAAGCUUAUGUACUCGGUUUCGUGGGACAAAAGCUUUAAGAUAUGGGACUUGUCACGUUACCAGUGUUUGGAGUCCGUUAAGGCGCACGAAGACGCCAUCAACGCCGUUGCUGUUAAUGACGACGGCAUCGUUUACACGGCGUCCGCGGAUGGGUGCAUCAAGGUUUGGAAGAGGGAUGAUGAGGUGAAACGGCACGCGUUGGUGAGCACCGUGGGGAAGCAGAAGUCAACGGUGAAUGCGCUUGCAUUGGAUGGCGACGGCACGGCGUUGUUUUCUGGUGGUUGUGACGGGACGAUCUGCCGGUGGGAGAGUAAGUGUGAGGAAAACGACGUCGUGAAGGUGGAAAAGUUAAGGGGUCAUAGUGGGGCCAUACUGUGUCUGAUCCACGUGGCAGGUUUGUUGGUGAGUGGGUCAGCAGAUUUGACGGUUAGGAUAUGGCAACGGGAAAGAGGAGGAGGAAGUAGUGGGUAUUGUUGUAGGGUGGUGUUGGAAGGGCACGAGAAACCGGUUAAAUCGUUGGUGGCAUUUUCGGGUGGUGAAGGUAACUCAAACGGUGUCGUUACGGUCUUCAGUGGAAGCCUUGAUGGGAAUAUUAAGGUGUGGGAGGUGUUUGGUUUUGUUUGA